AUGGCAGAAUCGAAGUAUAGUGUCGAACAAGUAGGUGUAAUUGUUGAAUUCUAUGGUGGCGAACUCAAUGGAGUCAGUUAUAGCGAUCCCGCUACUGUGAAAAAAUAUGCUCGACGUGCUCAAUUGGGUGAAAUUUUUGAAUUAGAUCGUGCUACUUUAAAAUCGGAUGGUGUUUUUCGUAGCAGUCCAAGGGGUUGGUUUACUUUUGGACAUGUUUCGUUUGCUCUGGUCUUCUUUUUUGGGCACAUUUGGCAUGGUGCUAGAACCUUGUUCAGAGAUGUUUUUGCUGGUAUUGAUCCAGAUUUGGAUGUGCAAGUAGAAUUUGGAGCAUUCCAAAAACUUGGAGAUCCAACUACAAAAAAACAGGGAGUCUGA